ACCCCGGAAGCGUUGCCAUGGCGGCGGAGGCGCUCAGCGGCCUGGUCUCCGUGUUGGAAACCUACCGCGGUCGCGACCGGGUGGUCCGUGCGCUCUGCUAUGGCUGUCAGCUGGCGGGAGGGGCGCUGGCCGGGCCGCAGGCCCCACUGGCCGGGCUGGCCGGGAGCCUCCUGGCCGUGUCGGGCCAGCUGAACGCCUGCCGCACCGCCCUCCGCCUCUUCGACGACUUCGCCAUGCUCAGCUACAGCUGUAGCUACGGGCUGGGCCCCAAGGAUGAGGACGGCCUGGUGCGGGGGCUGUCGGUGCUCUGCAACCUGGCCAACCAGCUCUACUACCCCUGCGAGCACGUCGCGUGGGCGGCUGACGCUGGCAUUGUCCGUCUCGGCUCUCAGAGGUGGUGGACGCUGAGCAUGGCGCUCUGGGCCUUCUCCCUGCUCCUGGGCAUCCUGCGAUCUCUGAGAAUCUUGUUCCAGUUAAGAAGAAAGCUGCAGCAGCACAGGGGUACAUCUUUGCCUCUGAGUCAAAAGAAAAUGAAAGCCCAAGUGAAGGCUGAAGUUUUGAGCAUCGUCACAGACAUGGCAGAUCUCUCCAACGCAAUCCACUGGCUGCCUCCGGGGUUUCUUUGGGCUGGACGGUUUCCUCCAUGGUUAGUAGGUCUCCUGGGGACCAUAUCUUCCCUGAUUGGUAUCUACCAAGCAUCUAAAGGAGGAAGUUCUGAAGCUGUAUAAACCAUAAUUAAGCUUCAGGAGCCUGAUUUUUACAUGGCAAAAAUGCCUUUAAUGAGGCAGGCUGUAUUUUAACUUUCCUGGCUGUUGAUGAUUGUAAUUCCACACAUCCUGUAAUUGGGACUGUAGUCAAGGUGUCUAUUACAGAGAGGAUUGUUAGCGGUUAACCAUUUUUAUCUCUGUUCAUCAGAGAAAUCUUUCAGGUGAAUCCUCUGAAAAUCAAGAAAUCUCCUACUAUUGAUAGAAUAGAGGGGGAAAAAGUCACUUCUAUUCUUCCUUUGUCUGUCCCAAAAGAUAAAUAAAACCCUCCAGUCUUUGCUGUCACUUAAAAGAGGACAAAGUCAGCGUUAGGUGGAGAAACAGCCACGCUUCUGUCACACACAACUUUUAAGGGACGGAUCCUGCGAGUUCACGCUCCGGGUUCCGCGCUUGGUGCCUCAUCUCGCCUUGGUGCCUGGUAUCGCGGAAGCUUCUCCGUUAGAUGUUUCGGUGUCUGAGCCCAGAGCAGAUGCCACAAGCUCAAACCAGGGCAAGUGGUUAUUUUGUUUGUGACGGUUGUGUUUCUUUAGAAAGAAAUAGCGACUGUAAGCAGUGCCUCGCAAAGCUUUCUUCUCGUCUGUAUUACUUAUUUAAGGAGAAAUAUUGGAAGUUGAGGCUUCCCGGUUAACCCAGCAGCAGCGCUGAGCCUCCAGCUGUGCCUUUACGAAGUGCCACCGGGUGGAGCUCUUCCACCAGGCUCUGGCAGCAGCCAAAGGACUUUUUGGUUUUUUUAAAAAAAAAGAGGACAGCAAAUUAUUAAUCGCCUUUCAAAGGACCAGUCAAACCAAUGCCAAGAUGAGUUUUACAGUUAUAUUUCUAGGUGGUGCCAAUAAUAAAUGGGACAAAUGCUUCAAA